AUGCUUUGGUUUAAAGCGUUCUCACUUGCGGCAUUGAGCAAUGCGCUUCUACUCCAACAAGUAUCGAAACUCGAUGACUCCAUACUCCUCACGAGUGGACCCACCAAGGAAGAAGGAGCAUCCGUGGCACGGACAUUAGUCCACAGAGAAUCGUUGGUCAACGUCAACACCAUCAAGACAGUCAAGUCGUCCGAUGGCUCAGCUUUGCGCAUCCCCGUGUCGUCAAUGGAAUACUAUGCCGAUUGCGAUGAAGAUGGUGAUCCCUAUUGGCUCGUGAUUGACAUCGGUGGCCCUAACCAAGACAUAAUUAAAGGCUCGCCAUUCUCGUUUUCAAUUCGAGACGGCGAUCACCCGGAAUGGGAUAAAGUUGCCGAGAAUUACCCCGGAAAAAGAGAAGGGUCCAACGCUGGAUCGCCUCGCGUGCAAUUGUUUGGCAGGCUCGAGUAUGUCAAUUUCUAUAAUCCCUUUGACCCCAAGAAAUUGAAGUUGGAGAAAUGCUUUUUGGAACGCCACCCCGAUGCCGCGUUGUGGUUGCCCGAUAUUGUGAUUUCGCCCCACAAGUCCCACUGGACUAAGAUUAAAGUUGAAAGUAUCCACAUCAUUGGCGGGUUCGGAGAUACUGCCUACAUCGGCACGAUUGACUCUGAGGAGUACCACUCGGCUGAGAUUAUCGAGCCACCCACGGAUGAGGAAGGAAGAGGUUUAUAA